UUUUAGGAAUAAAUGAAUGCAUUCAAACUUGGAGUCAUAUAAAGGCAUUUAAAAUCAAUAACAAAAUGGAAGCCUAGCAUCGACUUCUUAAAACUUAAAUAAACCACAAAACUAAUUAGCAACAAAUUUGUAGGUAAAACUUUGCUGGGAUAUUUCCUCAUUCAAUAUAAAAUCAAAUAGAAAAACAGAAAAAAAAACCAAAACAAAAAAGGCAACAAUACUUUUCACUUUCUGUCUCGAGCAACAACAAAUCAACACUCUAAAAACCAAAAACACAUCAAUAAAAUUUUAUCAAAGACCCGGAAUCAUUUUAUUUCGAUAAACUGGAAACACCAACAGAAUUUCCUUCAAGUAGUUUUACGAUAUGGCUGGCAUAAGUAUUAAGCUGGCCGUAGGUAUGAAAUGGCGGCUUACGGUGACAUUUCGAUGAUUUCACCCCCUUCGUCUUCCAUUUCAAACGGCCAAGAUCCUUUUGGACAGCUGCCGCCACUACCACCGCCACUGCGUUCAACACAAGUGAUUCAACCUCUAUCGGUUUUUCCAGUGUCCAAUUUGAGUGAAGACUCCUACGAUUAUGUUUUUGGUGGUCCACGUAAGACCCCACCUUCAUCAACACUUAAGCUGACCUCACCUCCAAUUAGACUGAGAUCUGAAGCGGGACAUCAUCGAAGUGAUGGUAUUGUAAAUAAUGGCAGAUUAUAUCGACAUUCAUUUAGUUAUGCACCAAAACGAUACAGAAACGUAGGUGGUGGUGAACGAGAAUCAAAUACAUCGAGGAGAUGUCAUGGGGAGGACGAAGCAACACUGCGACAAUUGCUUCUCGAUUUGCAAAAGCAAGUUAGCGUGAUGAGCAUGAAUUUGUCAGCCAAGCUGGAUGAGCUUCAAAGAGGCGAUCGACACUUGGAGACGACAGUCGCCUUGUGUGAAAUACGGACACAGCUGCAGGAGCUAACGAAAUCCGUUGAGAGUUGCCAAAGUGAAGUUUCAGAGGUGAAACGUGAUAUGGUAGCAAUAAAACAUGAAUUGGACACAGUGCAACAAGUUAAAGAAGAAAUCGAAGAGCUUCGUGAAUAUGUGGAUCGACUUGAGGAGCACACGCACAGACGGAAGCUAAGACUUUUAGAACAAGGACUCACGUUCUUUCUGACGUACUCGAUAUUUUCGGCCGUCUUGGGAAUGCUCCAGUUUGGCUACAAUACCGGAGUGAUAAAUGCACCAGAAAAGAAUAUUGAGAAUUUCAUGAAGGACGUGUACAAGGAUCGAUAUGGGGAGGAUAUUAGCGAGGAAUUCAUACAGCAAUUGUAUUCGGUGGCAGUAUCGAUAUUUGCCAUCGGUGGUAUGCUGGGUGGAUUCAGUGGUGGAUGGAUGGCAAAUCGAUUUGGACGGAAAGGGGGAUUAUUACUAAACAACGUUCUUGGCAUAUCGGGAGCUUGCCUAAUGGGAUUCACUAAAGUCAGUCAUUCCUAUGAAAUGUUAUUCCUCGGCCGAUUUAUUAUUGGUGUUAAUUGCGGUUUAAACACAUCUUUGGUGCCAAUGUACAUCUCUGAAAUAGCACCACUUAAUUUACGCGGUGGUUUAGGUACUGUAAAUCAAUUGGCUGUGACAGUAGGUUUACUAUUAUCUCAAGUAUUGGGAAUAGAACAAAUAUUAGGAACCAAUGAAGGCUGGCCAGUAUUACUUGGUUUAGCUAUAUGUCCAGCUGUAUUACAAUUGAUAUUAUUACCGGUAUGUCCGGAAUCGCCCAGAUAUCUUCUUAUUACAAAACAAUGGGAAGAAGAAGCUCGAAAAGCUCUUCGAAGAUUACGUGCAUCGAGUUCAGUAGAAGAAGAUAUUGAAGAAAUGCGUGCCGAAGAGCGUGCCCAACAAUGCGAAAGUCAUAUAUCAACUAUGGAACUAAUUUGUUCGCCAACUCUGAGGCCUCCACUUGUUAUAGGAAUUGUUAUGCAACUUAGUCAACAAUUUAGUGGUAUCAAUGCGGUAUUUUAUUAUUCAACGUCACUAUUUAAUAGUUCAGGCUUAACAGAAGAGAGCGCCAAAUUUGCAACUAUCGGUAUUGGUGCUAUUAUGGUUGUUAUGACUCUAGUAUCCAUCCCCUUAAUGGACCGAACUGGUCGAAGAACUCUCCAUCUGUACGGUUUAGGUGGAAUGUUUAUAUUCUCGAUAUUCAUAACGAUAUCAUUUUUAAUUAAGGAAAUGAUCGACUGGAUGUCAUAUCUAUCUGUGGUUUCGGUACUAGCAUUUGUGGUCUUCUUUGCCGUUGGACCAGGUUCAAUACCAUGGAUGAUAACUGCCGAAUUAUUUUCACAAGGUCCUCGGCCAAGUGCAAUGGCCAUUGCUGUUCUAGUCAAUUGGAUGGCAAAUUUUGUCGUCGGAAUUGGUUUCCCAAGUAUAAGGACUGCGUUGGAAAAUUAUACAUUCUUGCCAUUUAGCGUAUUUUUAGCUAUAUUUUGGAUAUUCACCUAUAAAAAGGUUCCUGAGACCAAAAAUAAGACAUUCGAAGAAAUUUUAGCACUAUUCCGACACGGAAAUGGAAGGAGUAUGCUAAACUGCGUAAAUAGUUUGGAGCCGCAAAGUAUGAAUUCUGGCAUCGAACAUGCCGCAUUGAUGGUAUCUGAGGAAAAAACCCAACAUGAUUCACUUUUUGGGACCACUUCGUUUUCAUUAACGGUUGAAGGCAUGGGACCUUACCCAUUAAGCGAUAGCACCAAUUUAUUGGGUCCAACAAGUUUAGCUGGCAGCUCAACUUGUCACUAUACGAACUAUGGUACAAAUAUUAAUACACCAGUUCCUAUACGAAAAUGUUACUACAGUAGAGACAGUUUCCGAAGGCAUUCAGCGCAUGGAAGAAUAUGUUCCUCAGCUGCAUCCGAGCGUUGUUUAGAAGGCGGCCGAAAUACACAACGGAACGCUGCCUCUGUGCCCCAUCACCUUCGUCAGCAAGUACCUGCCUGCCAGAACAGCGGGCCUUGACUGAGGAACGCCUCCCCUCCUGAGACCGCUAGCCUACAUUCGAACGCCGAUCAACAGCAACAACAACAAUUGCAGCACCAUCAACAUCAACCCUCAUCGUCACAGCAUCAUCACAUGCACUGUAGCUAUGAAAAGGACAUCGUGUGUGAUGAUCCAGUGGCACAUCACAGCGGCGAUCAUCACUAUUAUCAACAGCAUCAGCAGCAAUCGGACUAUGAUGACGGCACGCUGCGCCAUCAUAAAAAGCAAUCACAUCACCAAUCACCGCACAGCCAUCACAGUCACAGCUUGCAUUCGUCACCACACCAAACUAUGACCCAUCAGCAUUAUGAUCACGAACGUACCGCUACAAUCGAUAACAGUGAGGUAACACGGCAUCAUUCUCACAAUCAGCAGCAGCACCAUCAUCAUCGGAGACGGAGGCGACAUCACCACCAUCACAAUGGUGGAACAGGAGGAGGUGGUGGUGGCACUAUUGGUUCUGGACAUGGCCACCACCAUGGCGGCGGCCAUGGGGAACAACGGCGCCAGCAUCAUGAAUCGGGCUGCCCGAAACGCCAUCGAUCAGCAACUGACGUUUCGACAACCUCGAUCAAUACGUGCCACGAGCCUUCGUGUCCCGAUCGAGAAGUUCAAGAAAUUCUCAUCCGAAAAAGUUGUUGUACCUCAUCGCGCACAGAGUUGGCUCAAUAUUUUGCCGAAGACCUUUACGGAACUUCUCGACGCCCAUCGUCGUGUUGCACUUCAUCCGAUUACUGCUAUCACACGGACUCAACUAGCCUCUAUGGUUCACGAUCAUCUUUGAGUCGACAAAAUUCGAUAAAAUCAGGAUCAGUGACAAUGCGCAGUAGAAAACGAGUGCACCAUCGACAACCGUCGUACACAUCAAUAUCCCUUCGAGGCCUUAACGCUAGCCAGCCAAAUAGCCAAUUGGGUUCCUUAACUUCAAUCUUCGAUCGUGCACGAGAAAUUGAAAGCGGCAAAAUGAUUGUCUCCCCCUCAAAAGUCACCAUCGAGCAUCAGUCAUCGGGCAAAGAUGGCGGCGGCAGUAAUAAGGAACUUCCCGAAUAUGCCUGCUCUCCAUCACCGAUACGAUGGAGCUUCUUAGCUGAUGGCAGUACUCGAAAAUCUCCUACUGACUAUGAUUCAGCUGCAGCGAGUGGUGGAGGAGGACAUGGUGGGGGUGAUCAUCGAUCAGAUCAUCAGCAUGAUCGAGCUGGUACUAGUGGUAGCCGAAAAUGUCGUGAUAGUCCGUUGCAUAUACGAGGUGGCGCUGGUACUUCAGACGAAUACGAAGAGUCUACAACUGUUCUGUACCAUCAGGAGGGCGAAGCGUACAAUAAUUGCUGUAGUAAUUACAUUCAAUGCAAUUCAUACCUCGAUCAUGAUCUUCAAAUCACCAGUGAAGAUAUUCACGAGUAUCUGUCAAAAGGCAAUCAGCAAGGUGUGAUUUUGAACAAUUCCAAAAACUAUCCUUUCCAACCUUGUAACGCGUUAGAAUUUCAAUACAAAAAUAACUUCAAUAAUAACCCUGCUGCUGGUGCAGGCGGUGGUGGUGGCGCAUCAUUAGAAUCACGAAGAAGUUCCACAAAAGAAACCAAUUUAAAUCAAAAUUCAACAGAUGGCAGCACACUCGAGUCUCGAAAUUCAACACCACUCUCACCAACAAACAUCAAUUUAUCGUCAAGUUCGAAUAAUAUUAAUAUUGUCUUCAAUUCCUACCUCGAGCGCAAUGCCAACGAAGUGAAAUUCAUAAAUACAUCUCGUGAGAAUGUUGUAUCGGCUGAAGCCCAUCACUCUGGUUAUCUCCCUUACACGUAUCCAUCUUACGAUUACACCAAUAUGUCAUCGAAUUCACAGUUCGAUAAACCUUUGGGUAUUGAUGAGAUUGCACCUUCAGGAGAGCCAUCAUAUAAGUCGGCAGGAAGGGUUAUAGAUGGUGUCCCAUCGAUUUCUUCACCAGCAGUUGUGACAUUUGAGAGCUUCGAAACCGAAGCAUCGGAUAAUAAUCUGUUGUCACAUCGCAGCUCAUUAAAUGGCAGUUUCAAUGACGGACAUGUUAACUAUCAAUUUUCACCAACAUCACCAGCAUCGGCAGCAUCUUCGGUAUCGGGUCUGAAUGGUGGUGGCGCAUGCGCUGGCAGUAGUGGCGGGCAGAAUAAUGAACAACGACAUCGAUAUUUCCAUCAUCAUCAUUUUACAUCUUCACAACAUAGAUGGCACCACGUGACAGAUAAUUUUAAAUUUAGCAAUGCAUUUAAGGGGGUCCGAAAAAGGGCCCGUAAAUGUGCCGAUUAUCUUAAAAAGAAAUAAUAACGGAGAAGUAGAUAAUACAUUAUUCAAAAUGGCGGUUAUGUUAUUCCAGAUUCCAUAUAAAAAAAAAUAUAUGUUAGAGGAUUUUGAGGUAAGAUUGUGGUGGGUUGUUGAAGAUUGAAUUGGACUUAUGGGUAGUUUCGAAAAUAAAUGUCUUGUUUAUAAGCCCCCGGGGAAACGGAAUAAAAGCCUGGGUUUUAACUGAAAACUUUGCAGCUUAGAUUCGAGGUUCUCAUUCGACAGCUGCCAUACAUAUUAGAAUCCAUUUUGGUUAUGGCGGAGAUUAUAACAGUUUUUUAGUCGUAAGAAUAUCAGAUAAAACAAACGGCUAAAUAGUAAACUGUAUCUCCUGAUAAAAGCACUGUUAUACUUUUUCCGAUUUAUAUAUGAGCAAAAAAAAGCGAGAACUGAUGUUUUACCAUAGACCUUAAAAUAUAGUUCGAGUGUUCUAUUUUAAUUAUAACAGUUCUUCUUCCUCUAAUUACAACACUAGAUAGCGGAUUCAUAUACAAGCGUUGACUCUAAUUGAAGCACAGUUAUAAUCAGUUUAUCUCAGAGACCAGAAAUAACAGUCAACCUUUAUUUUCAAUCGGUUUCUCUCUGAGAGUUACCACAUUACUUUAAAUAGUUUCGGUUAAGGUUUGAGAUUUAUUUUAAAAAAUCAAAAAUAAAGGUUAU